AUGACGGGUGUUCUCGUAGAGAGUAGAGCGCUGAAAGCGCGGCAGCAGACGUACCAACAAACUCCGGAGGAGACCGUUCCUCCCCCUUCCUUUUCCUCCAUUCCCUCCCCUCCGUUCUCCUUCCUCCCUUCACUCCUCCCCUCCUUUCCCCAUUCUGCUUCCCCUUUCACCCCUCCCGCUGCCCCCUCUUCUUCCUCCCCAGGCCACGACGAAAUGUUAUUUCUGGUGCACGAGGGGCGCACAGACGAGACUUUCUGCCACUACGAGCUGAUCUUCCUGGUGCACGAGGGGCGCACGGAUGAAACUCCCGCUAUCGUAGAGAAGAUCACAGAGAUGGUGAAGGAUGCUCGAGGCACAGUAUGGAGAGUGAACGACUGGGGCAUGAGGCGGCUGGCAUACCGCAUUCAGAAGACAUGGCAGGCGCAGUACAUUCUCAUGAACAUCGAGAUGGUGAAGGAUGCUCGAGGCACGGUGUGGAGGGUGAACGACUGGGGCAUGAGGCGGCUGGCAUACCGCAUUCAGAAGACAUGGCAGGCGCAGUACAUUCUCAUGAACAUCGAGGUGCCAUCAGAUAAGAUUGCGGCGAUUGAGAAGGUGCUGCUGCAGGAUGAGAGGGUGAUUCGGCACCUUGUGUCGAAGCAGGACAAGGCGGAGAGGAAAAAUUACCCCGCUCCGGUGAUGUACAAUGCGGUUGGGAGCGGUGGGGAUGAGUCGGAUGAUGAUGAGGAUGAGGAGGAUGAGGAUGAGGAUGAGGAUGAGGAUGAGGAUGAGGAUGAGGAUGAGGAGGAUUGGGAGGAUGAGGAUGAGGAGGACGAGGAGGAGGAAGGGGGGGAGGAGAGUGAGGGAAAAAAGUUACCAGCGGAGGUGACAAGUCAAGCUGCAGAGCUCUUAAGAUCGACGCAUGAGGAUUUCAGAUCCGAAGUGUCGCACAUGCGAGCCAAGAUGGACGAGAUGCAUCUGCAGCACAGAAGCCUGUCGCUGGAGCUCUCGGAGAUUCGGGACUUGAAUGCCAAGAGCCAAGCAGAAGUUCGGAGAGUUUCAGAUCAUCUCGAGGAUACCCUCAUGCAGCUGGAAUCAACGAGGCGGAAACUCGUCGCGGCGAAGCAGUCAGCUUCCUCGUCUGGGCCCUGCGCGUUUCCCGCGUCGCCGUCGCUUGUGAAGUCGGAUUCGAGAGACGGGGGGCAGGACAGCAGGAUCGCGUCUGGGGAGGCCCGUGAGCUUGAAGCCGCACUUGAGGAAGCGAAGAAGCUUUCCGCUCAACGCUUGACUGAGAUUGAGGACAAGCAACAGACGAUACUGGAACUGAAUCAGAAGCUACGAGAGUACCAGUCAGCGUCGGAGGACGAGCAGCGCAUCAAGUCGUCACGGCCCUACUCGAUUCUGGCAGAGCAGCUCAUCGCAGCCCGAGCGGAAGCUGAGAGGAACCGGUUGAUUCUAGAGCAGCUGCAAAGGGAGAGGGACGCGAGCAGUCUGCGCGAGAAGGACAUGGCGUUCCGCGCGGAGGCGGGCGACGCGGCGAGGAGGGCGUGCCAGCUGGCGGAGGCGAGGGUGGAGGAGCUGGAGAAGAAGCUGGAGCUCGCGUGCAGGGAGCGCGACGUGCUGCAGCAGCGGUUGGAGGAGGCACACUCGUCUCUUGGGAGGAAGGAGACGGUUGCGGAGUUGAAGGUGAUGAUAGCGACGUUGCACAAGGAGAUGAGCAUGAUGCAGGCGCAGCUGACAAAACAUAAAGACGCCUCACAACAGCUCAUCACGCUGCGCGCCGAUAACGAGACCCUCAAGUCCGUUCUCAGUAGAAAGGCAAAAGAGAUAGAGCAACUAGGAAAACGAAUUCUGUCGCAAGCAUCAGAGCAGAAGGCGUUGAAGGCAGAGGUGGCGCAAUUGAAGAGCUCCGAGUGCGAGCUGCAGAUGUUCAUGGAGAUGUUCGAGCGCGAGUCCACCGAUACCAGGGACAUGAAGGAAGUGAAAUCAGCGGAGGUGCGUGCGUUGGCGCAGGUGGCGCAGCUGCGCGCGGAGCUGGACGAGCACGGGCUGGCAUUGAGAGUGAAGGCCGCGAACGAGGCGGAGGCCGCUUGCCAGCAGCGGCUGGUGGCAGCAGAGGCGGAGAUCAGCCAACUGCGGCAACAGCUGGACGAGACGGAGAAGAGAAUAGUGGAGCUUCAAGAGACGGUGAAGGCCAAGGAGGAGGAGGGAGAAGCGUACAUAACCGAGAUAGAGACAAUAGGAGCGGCUUACGAGGAGAUGCAGUCGCAGAACCGGCGGCUGCUGCAGCAGAUAUCGGAGCGGGACGAGUACAACACACAGCUCAUCGCGGAGGGCGUCAAGGCCCGCCAGCUGCAGGCGUCGCUGCAGGCGGAGAAGCAGAGCAUGGAGACGCGCAUGCAGCACGCUACUGCUGCCGCGGACGUGCACAAGCAGCGGGUGGUGCGGUUGGAGGAGCAGGUGAAGGCGGCGUGGGAGCAGCUGGGGAAGGCUGUGGAGGAUGCGAGGGGCAUGGCGGGCAGUGUGGAGGCGGGCAAGAGGAAGCAGGCGGAGAUGGAAAGGGAGACAGCGGCUGCUAGAGAGGCGAUGGAGGGGCUUCAGAAGGACCUGGCGGCGCGGAGCACACACAUGGUGGAGGUGGAGGAGAAACUGGAGGGCGAAAGGAACAAGCGGAGGCGAGUGGAGGAGGAGAGGGACGCGCUGUCAGCGCGGUUGGCGAGGCUGGGGCAGUCGAUGGAGCGGGGCGGGGGGUCGGGGGGGCCAUCGGUGGAGCAGUUGCAGGAGGAGCUGCGGCAAUACAAGUCGAUCAUGAAAUGUUCCGUGUGCCACGACAGACAGAAAGAG